GACGCCGCCGUAGGCCUGGUAUCCGCCAUGAAGUUUCGCGCCAAGAUCGUGGACCUGGCUUGUCUCAAUCACUUCACACGAGUCAGUAACAUGAUAGCCAAGCUUGCCAAAACCUGCACCUUCCGCAUCAGCCCGGAGAAGCUGAACUUCAUCCUUUGCGACAAGCUGGCCAAUGGGGGCGUGAGCAUGUGGUGUGAACUGGAUCAGGAGAACUUUUUUAGUGAAUUUCAAAUGGAAGGAGUCUCUGAAGAAAACAACGAGAUUUAUUUAGAAUUAACGUCGGAAAACUUAUCUCGAGCCUUGAAGACUGCCCAGAACUCCAGAGCCUUGAAAAUCAAGCUGACUAACAAACACUUUCCCUGUCUUACCGUGUCUGUAGAGCUGCAGUUGUCUUCAUCAAGCAGCAGCAGAGUUGUGGUGCAUGAUAUCCCCAUAAAGGUUAUUCCAAGAAGACUCUGGAAGGACUUACAAGAACCCUCCGUCCCAGACUCUGAUGUCAGUAUUUGUUUGCCAGCCUUGAAGACGAUGAAGAGUGUUGUGGAAAAAAUGAGAAACAUCAGCAAUCACCUCUGGCUGCAUAACCACAACCAGGGGAUCCAGAGAAGGGAGGCGAGAACACCGAGGACUGAUGGAGACCCCAGGGGAAGUGAGCAGGCUUCAGGGAGCAGCUCAUUUAAUGGGAGGGACAAAGACGUUUUAAACCUUUGGGCCUGAGUAGAGGCUUUGAGAUCGGUAUACAGUAUUGAUGGGGCCAGGUGGUCAUUUCCAUAGGGAGGAGUCCCAGGAGCUUGCUGGACCAGACCUUAUAAGGAGAGGGUGAGUUUAAUCUGGCGACUUCCUCUGCUGUGGGCAAAGGGUGUGCAGGAUGACAUCUGAGGCUGGAGAGGGAGUGGUCUAUCUUCCUACCACUCUCAAGAUGAGAUUUCCAGGGUUGGAUACCACUCCAUCCCGCUCCUGCUCCUGUCCGGCUCCUCCUUGUUCCAUAGUUCCCUGGCCCCACAGUUUCCCACGCUUGUUCCUUAAAAUUUCUGAACUCCAAAUCUUCCUCAUUCUAGAAACAAAACAAGUUAGGUUCUUCGAAGUCAGAUAAGUUCUUAGUUUUGAGCUUUUGACAUAUACUGAGUUCCCCAAGCUCACAGCCUUCUACUUGAGGAAUUUCCAAGGAAUAAGAAGCUUUCAUGUUAACACAUCUUUAAGUAACCCAGGUGAUUUAAGUUGUAGUGAUCUGAACUAUUGUGUGCAUCGAUGUACUCAGUUUCCUAAGCAGCAAGAUAAGAGCUUCCAUUUCCCAGCAAACGGCUCUGUCACCACAAAGUACCAUUGGUUGAUUACUGACUGAUUGUACUGGUACUGAUAAACUACCUCUAAAUUCAUCAGAGCAAUAAAAUGCUUGUGACAGCUGAACUGCUGCCCAAUUAUAGAUGAUAAUGUCUCCAGCACCUGGUUUCACUUAACGUAAGGAAGGACCUGACUCCAAAGGCUUCCCACCACAUCAUGUUUUUCUCAUCCAAAAUCUUUCUUAGUUCUUCAGAAAGUGGGCCCAGGAAAGCUGUUUCCAGUAUCCCAUCUGAAGUCACCUCCAAUAGAGCACACAUCAUUAAGCAUUGUUACUGGGUGUGGUCAGAAGACAGGCAGCAUUAACAUGCCCUGGAAACUGGUCAGAAGUAUGGAGCCUGCAUACACACCUGAAUCUAGCACUCCAUCUUAACCAGAUCGCAGGGAUUCUCAUGCAGACGGUGUGACAAUGGGGGCUCUUCUUUGUAAGAGCCACAAUCUACCAUGUCAGUUACUUCUUGUAUUAAAUGAGAAAGGAGACAGGCAUCUCUGAGGGGGUAUAUAUUUUCAUGGUUUGACUCUCCAGACUCUGAUCCAUCUUUGCUGUACCUCUCCCUGAUAUAAUGUUCUUCCUCUCACCUGCCAGAGCAUUCCUCCUAUUCACUUAGGGUCCUUCUUUGCCUCCAUGCUUGCUAUAAUGGAGCCCUGGCCUCCAUUCCUCCCACAUAACUUUUCUGGGCUGGGGCCUCCAGAGCCCUGGUUCUUGGCAGAGUGUCUCAGCAGUGCCCCUCUCAUUUUGCCAUGCUGAGUUUUGCA